AUGAGUGUUGUUUCUAUUCAAAUUCGUAACGAGAGNUACGUGUCUUCGAUCAACGAGCUUUACACGAGGUUAAACGAGUUUAAAGAGCGGUCCAACAGUUUGAGCUUCGGAGCUACGAUCGAGUUUGUCUGUGCUUUGAAGCGGCUCGAGAGUUGUAAAGAGAGGUUGUCUGAAAUCUGUCAUGGGAAUUGGAAGAGAGGUUGGAUCGAUGGGUUCUGGGGUUUGGUUCUUGAUGUUAAGGGUAUCAUUGGUAAUUUAGAAGAUGCUAAUUAUGGGCAGAUUGAGAAAUCGAUUGUUGGGUUUGGGAAGAGAGAAAAAAGAUACGAAUCGGCUCGGUUUACCGAUCGGUUAGUUAUUGGUUACGGCGAUGCUGUUCGGUUUUCUUCGGGUAGAUUUUCGAAUGUCGAUCGGUUUAGUGUACCUGCUGGUUUCUUCUAG